AUGGGUUACAAGCUCUACACAAUACAAAGCCCCAUUUCACAGCCGCCACCGCCUCCUCCGUCACCGAAAACCAACUUACCCAUGCUGUAUUAUGGCCUCAUAGUCGUCGGAACAGCCGGCAUAAUCCUAGCCAUGUACAACCUUAUCUUCAUCAAAUGGACUUCGAGGCGCCAUGGCCAGUCUCCGGCGUCAAGACCAUCAAACAGUUUGGUUGAUCUCUCAAGAACGAGGAGGAGUAGGAGCUUUGAGAACUUGGGCAGCUUCAGGUACCAGAAGAAAGAGGGAUCAAACACAAAAGAUGAAAAUUCUGUUGAAUGUGCUGUUUGUUUGUCAGUUUUUGAGGAUGGAGAAGAAAUAAGAAAACUGCCUACUUGCAAGCACUCUUUUCAUGCUCCUUGCAUAGACAUGUGGCUCUAUUCUCACUCUGACUGCCCGCUCUGUCGCACGCCCGUGCCCGUCAGCUCAUGGUGUCAUCCGCAGUUGACGACCACGCCGGAGGACAAUUCCAGAGAGGGCCUGCUAGUCUGA